AUGAAACAGGAUGACGCGGCUAAACCGGCGAGAGACUUAUCUUCACGUCUAACUGUGGCAUUUGCUGUUGGUAGCAUUGCGACUUCCAUGAUGUACAUUCUAGUGCCCUUUGUGUCUCCUGCGUUUCGCAGAAUUUGUCUGCCCUACGUGCCUGCGACAUCGAAACAACUGAAGCUUGUGGCCCAGCUGCUGUGGUUUGCUGAGACCCAAGCCCACAGACCCAUUGGAAGCCUACUUGAUGUUGGGAGUGGGGACGGUCGUGUGAUUCUAAGUUUGCUGGCUGAUAAGCGCCUUACAAGUCUGACCACAGCAGCUGGAGUGGAGCUAAACAGGCCGCUUGUGUGGUGGUCGCGCCUCGCGGCCUGGAGCCAUAAUCAAAGCAGCAGAGCAAGCUUCCACUGCCAUGAUCUCUGGACCUUCGAUUUCUCUAACUUUCAAAGUAUCGUCGUGUUUGGAGUCGAUACUAUGAAACUUCAAUUUACUGUCCUAAAUCCAAAUGUGUCCGAAGAUCUUGAUUAUAAUUUGUUUUCUUCAGUCGAUUCUUUCGUGGAGGCUCUAGCCAAGCUUAAGUCAGAAGGGGCACUGAAACGGCUAAGAAAGCCAACAGAUUUAGUGAUAACUGCUGACACAGUCAUUGCCCUCGAGGGUAAGAUAAUGGGCAAGCCGAAGCACAUGGCGGAUGCUUUAACUACGCUUUUUAAACUAAAUGGCAAAAAGCAUGAAGUAUUUACGGGCGUUGGUCUUGCAUGGCUAAAUCGAAUGGACAACAAUCUGCUCGCCUACGAGAGCUUCACGGAGCAAACCACUGUGCAGAUGGGAAAGCUUGAUGAGCGUGCUCUCGAGGCAUACGUUAAAACGCAGGAGCCCCUAGGAAAAGCAGGCAGCUACGGCUACCAAGGUGUCGGUGUGAGCUUGAUCGAGCGCAUAGAAGGAGACUACUUCAAUGCUCUUGGCCUGCCCGUCUUUCGGCUUUGUCAGUACGUCAGCCGUCGAAGGAGCUUCUCACUGGAUGAUGACAAUCCCCCAAUUAAGAGGCGACUUACCUGA